CCCGUUGUGACGCCUCUUGGGUCAGGGAGUGUCUCUGGUGUGUUUAGUGGCCAGCACGUCAAACUACAGCGCUGGCUGCCGCCCGCCAUUGGUCAUUCCUUCGCGGCCCUCUCUUCUCCUCUGCCCGGUUUUCUACAUCCUGUCGCGCUUUUUCUUUUUCUUCGACGCUCUGCCAUCCCAUCUUCGCUUUCUUCGACGCAUGCUAAUGCGAAGGCAUCUCGGUGGCUUAUCCGCUAUCCACCGCUGAUUUUUGGCCUCUGUUAGUCUUCGUCGCCUGGCGUAAUUGUCCCAACUACCACACUCACCAUCGCCAUCGACUGGCUUUACCGCACACACGACCUCGUUUUUGACACGGCCUCGCGACAGGCACUUGCGCCCUAUGCAGAUGGCCUCUUGGACGACGACUUUCGUAUCAGCGUUAUAAUAGUCUUCCGUAUUCGAACUUCUCCUGUCUUUCUCACCUUCUACGCAGGCGACUCAUCGGCUUCAACGUUGACGUCUACCCAGCGUGGCACGCAGCAUUCCUCCACAUUUACCUAAACUGUCAACAUCGACCGACAACGACACAGCUUCGACGCAUAUUCUCCUUAUCUUUACGCCUUUACGCUACUUAAAUAUUUAAUCACUUCCGCAAAUUCAUAUUCUCGACAGCUUUCAGCGCCAUCCUUUGCCCAACAUGUCGCAACGGCCGAACUUGGCCGAUCUGCGAGCCAAUUCUCAAAUGUCGACAUUCUCGACGUCAAAACCACGAGCAACACGAAUGCAUAUUGCUGGCGAAGCACCGCCUGAACUCUCACCCCUCGAUGCGUUUGCGCUGCAGAGUCGUAUGCUGGCCCGCCAGCUUCAAGACUCAACCACCCGUGAUGGCAACAGACUCAGUCGUCUUCCACCGCUUACUCUAGAGAGCCCCCUCAUGGUGCAAGCCCGCUCUGACUACUUCCGAUCCAUGAACUUCGAACCCGCCGUGGAAGAAGACGAGAUUAUUGGCGGAUCGAAAGAUGCUCUUGGCUUGCGGAAUGAGGUCGAAGUGGAGGACGCCUUUGCGUCCUCACAGCGCCCGAUGUCUAUGCAUCCGCGCAUGAGCAGAAUUCCGCAGAUGCCAGAUAGCGAUAUUCCCGCCUUGCCACAGACAAUCCCUGAGGUUCCUUCGACCCAAUCCCUCUACCAAAACGAAAGAAACGACUUCACUGGCUCGGAUCGCGUGCGGUCACCAUCGCCGAUACAUAGCGACUCUCAAUCUUUCAGUGACAAGCGCUCACUGAAGUCUGCAACGGGUCGCGAGGAUGGCUCUCAUUACGCAUCGCCUCCAUAUGGAAACAAGCAAAUGUCUCUAGAUGAGAUGGGCCUAAUCCCACCACGAUUUCCAAAGCGUUCACCGAGCGCGCUAUCGUCGUCGCCUCCUACACACAUUGACGACGAUACAACAAGUAAUUCCGGCAUCACUUCUCAUCCUGGCUCAUCUAUACAUCGUAAGACAUCGGCAGCGAGCACAAUAUUUACCGGAUCAUUCCAUAGAUCCCCAUCUGUGGGAUCUGAUUCCUCCGCCCUUCCCCGACCCUCCUUCAACUUCUCGCGACCUCUGAGCAGAGCUGGUACCCCCAGCUUUGACUUGCCGACAAGGCAGGCCUCCUCUGACAGCCACCCUUCCUUCAUUCUAGCCGAUGAUACAGCGCAUACUCCCGUAAGUAUGCACAGCGAAGGCUUCCUCGAGCAGCAGAGCGAAGAUGCCAAAAACGCCGGCUCAUAUAUAUACUCUAAAUUCACUCUUCCCCGUGGCAAAGAAUUGGAACGCUUCGAAUCAUCCUCUGACGCCGAUGAACAUGCCAAUACCCAGUGGGAACGACCAGUCAUUCCUCUGUCCGCAUCUCAACGGUUCCCUGGUGGCGCACCACCAUCACCUCCCACUCGCCCAUCGAGCUCGUCAGCAAGAGUGGUUCCAGACGACCCCGCCAAUUCGUUAUCACGGCCAUCAAUCGACGCGACAAAAGCAAGCCUUGAUAUCCCUAGACUGGGUAGCGGCUACCCUUCACCAAACCCAAGCAGACCAUCGGAUGAUUCCGCGAGACAAUCGGACGAUGACAGUCGUGGGCGAUCUCUACAUGCAGCUGGCAAGCAGAGACUACGUGAGAAGACACCUGCAUCUGUCAAUACAAGCGAUACUGCUAGCACGAUAAAGGCUAGCAAUCAGCUGCGAUCGACGGGCAACUCAUCUGCCCUCGAAUUGACGGCAGAAGAGCACUUGGCCAAGGGCAUCGAAUGCCAUGAAAGCGGGUCGCUCAACGAGUCCACCUAUCACCUCCGACUGGCUGCUAGACAGAAUAAUCCAACAGCUAUGCUGCUCUACGCCCUGGCUUGCCGACACGGAUGGGGAAUGCGUCCAAACCCGCGUGAAGGUGUUGAAUGGCUUCGGAAGGCUGCUGAAUAUGCUGGUGUUGAAAUUGCUUUGGAUCAAGACCAGCAGAAAGAAGGCAAGCGUAUCGAUUUUCUUGAGAACAAGACAAGAAAAGCACAAUUUGCACUUAGCAUCUACGAACUCGGUGUCAGCCAUAUGAAUGGCUGGGGCAUUGAACAAGACAAAGCUCUGGCUCUGCGAUGUUUCGAGAUUGCAGGCAACUGGGGUGACGUCGAUGCUCUCGCAGAGGCUGGCUUUUGCUAUGCCAAAGGUGUCGGCUGCAAGAAGAACCUUAAGAAGAGCGCCCACUUCUACCGCCAAGCCGAGGCCAAGGGCAUGAGCAUGAUUGGCAACAGCUGGAUUCAUAAAGCCAAGUACAAUGAUGGCGGCAAGAUUGACGCCGACAAGGACGACAAGAAGAAACGGAGCAAGUCACGAACAAGAGCAAUGUUUGGACUCAAAUCCAGCUCGUAGUUGUCUUCCGUUCUUCUCUAUCAUCUUCUGCCGAUUCCUAUGCCCCCAUCGGAUGUAUCUUUCUUGUUCAUACCCCACCGCAUUUACUUCUUUUCUCUACCUUUCAUACACCCUCUGAAUGUAUAGCUUCAGCAGGUGAUUCUAUUCUUUUUCUAACAUUCAUUACUCAGAUUUGUGCAGCACAGCCUGCGCACAUAUUCUUUUGUUAUCUUUUUAUUAUGACGGCUGAACUGUUUUUGUGAAGUAGGAAUGGUGUUUGGCGGGCUACUUUUUGUUUUGGUUGCAUACAGCUGGUCGUAAUCAGCAUGCGAAAUACAUAGCCCCUGGGUUGGGAUUCCAUUCAAUAUCACUUGUGUUCGACAAAGUU